AAUUUUGUUUUUGGUAUGGGUUUGUGUUGCAGUGGGAUUGGCAUUGUUAAUGCUAUUGAAGUUGUUAAUGCAUUUCCUGAGGAAGAUGGACUCAGUAAAUUCCGGGAGUGGAUUGAAUCACCAGAUCCAACGAUUCUGGGGACGUUUGAUGUGAAACCAGGAUCUAGUUCGAGGAAAAGAGGGUCAAAAGUCAGUGACAGUGAUGUUGAUUGCUCGAAUAGCAAUCUGGAAGGACUCUCUGCAUCUGACCAAACUGUUUCACAGUCUAUGGAUUAUAUUGAUAACACGAAGCAGGUCUUCAUGGAUAAGCAUAGAAAUGUGAGCAAAAACUGGCACAUUCCCUGUACUUUUCCAAAUGAAGCAGUAAUUUCUGCAUAUGUUUCUCCACAAGUGGACAAGUCAACCGAGCUUUUCUCAUGGGGAAAGCCAGAUCUUUUUGUUCUUCGCAAAUUAUGUUGGGAAAAGUUUGGGUGGAGUACACAGAAGGCUGAUGAAUUGCUCCAACCUGUUCUGAAGGAGUACAACAAACGCGAGACUCAACUGCGGUUGGAAGCAUUUUACACUUUCAAUGAGAGAUUUGCAAAAAUCCGCAGUAAGAGGAUUAAAAAAGCUGUUAGAGGAAUAACAGGGAGCCUGUCCUCGAAGCUAAUGGAUGAUGUGCAAGAAGCUUCCAAGAGUAGAAAGAAAAGAAGAGUGAGCCCCAGUGAACAUAGGGAGGACAAGUCAGAAAAACCUUUAAGUGGAGCAGAGGCUUAUAUCAAUAGCAGCAAAGGCAACAAAGCACAAACAUCAACUGCCAAGUGGUCAAGAAAAAGGAAACAUGUAGAACCUGUACCAUCUGAAGCAAGGAAUCCAGGACCACUGAUGCAGGAAGGUGGGAAAAGUAGCAGUCAGGGUUUGAGUGCAAGAGGAGGAGGCCGAGCUGUGGGAAGAAGUAGGGGAAAGAAAAACCCUGGUCGUGCAUAUGCUGAAAGCAGUUCUAAUGAUGGAAGCAAUAGUGAUUAUGAACUGGAAAUUCAAGUUGAAAAUUUAGAAGGACCACAUGGAGUAAGGAAGUCAACUCGAACUCGAAAGGCUGUGAAAUACACUUUGGAUGACUUGGAAAUUGAUGAGCCGGGUAAAGCAGACCAAGAAGAGGUAAACUCCGGUGAUGAAGAGACAGUGCAAGAAGAGCCUUCUGAGGAUCAUGGCUUAGUUGGAGAUGAUGGUGCUGGAUCUGGUGAAAAGAUCCAGCUUAAAGGUAGGGAUUCUUCAUUUGAGGAGCGAUCAGGUGGGGACUACCUUGAAAUGGCUGGUGGAUUCUGCAUGGAUGAAGCUGAACCAGAACUUGAAACAGGUCAACUAAGUUUAGAUCAGAAAGACAAUCCAUCUUUUGGGGCAGAAUUGUCUGAAGAGUACCUUAAAAUGGGGGGUGGAUUUUGCUUGGAUGAAGAUGAAACAAAUAUGGGCACAGAUAAACGUCCUUCCAAAUCAGUUGGGGCUUCCAUCUCUGACAAUGCUGAACCUGCUCUUUGUUCUAAUGUUGUGGUAGAAGCUGACCCUGAUUUUGGUCCAGUUCAAUUGGUUUCCAGUCCUUCAAGAGCUUUAGAUGGAGUUGAGGAUAGAAGGAGGACAGAUGCAUAUGAUAGCAAUCAGAAUGUUGAACAUUCAACUCCUGUAACUAGUGAUGUUCAUUCAAGGUUAGCAAUGUCUCCUUCAGAAAGUACCAGAAAAGAUGAUUCUGGGACAGCCUCUGUAAAAUAUCUAAGCGCCAUGCCUUACUUGAGAAGAAAGCGAAGGAAGAGUUGAGGUUGUUUGAUUUUUGGAACCUUUUUUUUGUUGUUGAGAGGGGGGGGGGGGGAGGGAGGGGGUGAAAUGGGGCUGUGUAUCUCAUUUCUUCUGUCUUCCCUCCCUUUUUUCUUUCUAGGGCCAUAAUUGAAUAGGUAUGCAUGUAUUUAAAAGCAAUUUUGAAGGAUAACCCCCCUAUGCUCCUGUGGAUUUGUGUCUUAGAGCAAGCCAGCAUUACCUAAAACCAAACAGCUGAAAUUUGUAUAAGAUGUCAGAAUUUGUUCAAUGAAGAGCUCGUCCUAAAAAAAAAAAAUUUUUUUUUUGCCA